AUGGCAGAAACAAGUGCCAGUGCCACCACAACACCGCCGGCCGCGGGCUGCUGCUGCCGACCCGACGCCGUGUCGUUCCUCCCCAGGACGCGCUUCUGCCGCCUGGUAGCCGCCAUCCCAAAGUUCACCCUCCCCCGCCCCGUCCUCCUCACAGCCGUCCGCAAGAGAUGGCAUUGUGGAACCCAACCACCAACCCCUCCGUCGACACAAGAUGAGGCCGAAGCACCGGAGAAGCCCGCGCGCCCGGAAGCCGAGCAGCCACCGCUUGAGGAGCACGCCGCUGAUGCUGAUCCUGAUACCGCCGCCUCCGCAGGGACCCAACCCCCAACUCCUCCGCCGACCAGCGAGGAGGCCGAUGCACCGGGCAAGCCCACGCAGCCACCGCUGGAGGAGCACGCCGCUGAUGCUGAUCCCGCCGCCGCCUCCGCUGCGCGCAACCACCGGCGGGACGACUGCUCUCUGUACGAGGUCGGCGAGCUUAAGGGCGCAGAUGGCCCGUGCUCUGCAACUGCAACCCUGGAGGAGACAACGAAGAAACGGAAGCGCCGGAAGAAGGCGAAGAGGGAGAAGCACACCUCUGAUGCUGAUGCCCCGGAGGCGGCCAUCGCGGGCAAGUACUGGGCCCAUCGGCACAGCCUCUUCUCCCUGUACGACCGUGGUGUGCACAUGGACGCCGAGGGCUGGUACUCCGCCACCCCGGAGGCCAUCGCCGCCGCACAGGCCGCGCGCGCCGGCCCUGCCGACCUCGUCGUCGACGCGUUCGCCGGCGUCGGCGGCAACUCCAUCCAGUUCGCCGCCAGCGGUUGCUACGUGCUCGCGGUUGAUAUCGACCCCUGCAAGGUGGAGCUGGCGAGACACAACGCGAGGAUCUACGGCGUGGAGGACAUGGUCGAGUUCGUCGUCGGCGACUUCUUCCGCCUCGCGCCUGCCCUCAAGGCAGAUCUGGUGUUCCUGUCACCACCAUGUUCAUACAACAAGACUCCAAUUUACACCCUCGAUAUGCUGAAGCCGAAAGAUGGGUACACAUUAUUUCAAGCUGCUCAGAGAAUAGCUCCCAAUAUCAUCAUGUUCUUGCCGCGGAAUGUGGACAUACGCCAGGUCAAGGAUCUUUCCUGGUUGUGUUCUCCUCCGUUGCAUUUCAAGAGUGAAGAGAACUAUGUGCAAGGCAGAUCGAAAGGAAUUACAGCAUAUUUUGGAGACGUGGCAAGAAGUUGAUAAUCAAGAAGAGAGCUCUUUUAUGUGGUAACCAUUCCUGUACGGAACACAGGCCCUUCAUUUGUGGAGAUCCAA